AUGCUGGAGCUGUCAAGUACAGCAGAGGUUGGAGGAGAGAGGGUUUGCGAAUUGCACGCAAAAAAACUGCAUGAUCUAGCUGCUGGCAUGUUUUUGAUAAGAAUUGUAGUGUGGCGAACUCCUUGCAGAGUGUUUGGUUCUAAACCCGGUGUGAGAAUGACCCUGCAGAAUGGGCUGGUGUUACCUGCUGCCAAAAACUGUUCCCAUGCAGUCGCAGUAGCUAGCACAGCAGACUACAACAACAGGAACACCCUGAGAUGGGACCUGACCCCAGACCAGAUCAAGAACAUGACAGAGAGCCUGGUCCAGAGGAUCAAACAGGUCUACGAUGACAUCGGAUCUCUGGAUGUAGAACAAGUGUCCAUUAAAAACACCUUAAAAGCCCUGGCCAAUGCCAAAUUAGAAUAUGCAGCACAGCGCCAUGUUUUGGAUUUUCCCCAAUACGUGUCUGCUUGUAAGGAGGUGCGCUCAGCGAGCACAGAAGCAGACAAGAAGCUGUCUGACUUUGAUGUGGAGACAAGUAUGAGGGAAGAUGUGUUUCACAGAGUGAUUGCCUUGCAGGAGAAGCAGCUGGACAAUCUAACGCCUGAGGCCAAGAGAUUCUUAGACCGUCUUAUCACAUUAGGGAAGAGGAAUGGAUUGCACUUGUCGAAGGAUAUACAGGAGGAAGUCAAAAGAUUGUCAAAACUCAUCAAUGAACUCUCAAUCGACUUCAACCAAAAUCUAAAUGAGGAAAACACGUAUCUAAUAUUCAGUGAAAAUGAACUAAGUGGCCUAGCGGAUAGCUAUCUGAAUGGUUUGGAGAAGACUGAGGACAGGCGGUACAAGGUAUCCUUGGCAUACCCUCACUACUACCCUCUGAUGAAGAGGUGCCACAUGGCUGAGACCAGGAGGAAGAUGGAGACUGCUUUCCAUAGCAGAUGUAAGGAGGUCAACACAGUCAUUCUGGAGAAGCUGAUUGAGUUGAGGUCAAAGGUGGCACAGCUACUGGGUUUCAGUACCCACGCCAACUGUGUGCUUGAGAUGAACAUGGCCAAGAAUACCAACAAUGUGGCAUGCUUUCUAGAUGAGUUCUAUGCUAAACUGAAGCCGGUGGGAAUCAAGGAAAGGAAGUAUAUCCUGGCCCUGAAGAAGAGGGACUGUGCCAUGCGGGGAAAGGCCUUCGAUGGACAGAUCAACGCCUGGGACCUACCCUACUACAUGAACCAGGUGGAGCAGGUGAAGUUUGCUGUAGACAAGGACAAGCUGAUUGAGUACUUCUCUCUGGAGGUGGUGACAGAGGGGUUGCUCAGUAUCUACCAGGAACUGCUUGGCCUUAACUUUAAGCAGGUAACCAGCGCCCACGUGUGGCACGACAACGUCAGCCUCUACUCUGUACUGGACACGGCCACUGGGGAGGAGAUCGGCCGGUUCUACUUGGACCUGCAUCCCAGAGAAGGGAAGUACGGUCAUGCUGCCUGCUUUGGGCUCCAGCCGGGCUGCCUGGGGCCUGAUGGGAAACGUAUGCUGCCGGUUGCGGCCAUGGUGGCCAACUUCACCAAGCCUACGAAAGGUUGGCCCUCUCUGCUGCAGCACCACGAGGUGGAGACCUUCUUCCAUGAGUUUGGCCACGUCAUGCACGAGCUCUGCUCUAGGACGACGUUCUCAGAGUUCAGUGGGACCCUGGUGGAGACAGACUUUGUGGAGGUGCCAUCUCAGAUGCUGGAGAACUGGGUAUGGGAGAAGGAGCCCCUGAGGAGGAUGUCUCGCCACUACAAAGACGGCAGCCCCAUCCCCGACAACCUGCUCAACAAACUCAUCGCCUCCAGAGUCGCCAACACAGGUCUGAUGAACCUGCGUCAGGUAGUGCUCAGUAAAGUGGACCAGUCUCUGCACACCAAGUCCCAUGCCGACACUGCCGAGGUGUUCGCCAAGCACUGCCAAGACAUCCUGGGGAUCCCCGCUACUCCAGGUACAAAUAUGACAGCUAGUUUUAGUCACUUGGCUGGGGGCUACGAUGGCCAGUACUAUGGCUACCUGUGGAGCGAGGUCUAUUCCAUGGACCUCUUCUUCAGUCGUUUCAAAAAGGAGGGAAUCAUGAACCCCAAGGUGGGGAAGGAGUACAGGAGGGUGAUUCUGGAGGCUGGUGGUUCUGUGGAUGGAAGGGACAUGCUGAAGACCUUCCUGGGUCGUGAACCUUGCCAGGAUGCCUUCUUUCAAUGCAAGGGAUUGGCCAAAGCUGAGGGAACACUGAAUGGUCGUCACUGACUCCCUCUCACUCCACAUUAAAGGGAUAUUUUGGGAUUUGGGCAAAGAGGCUCUUUAUCUACUUCCUCAAAGUCAGAUGAACUUGUGGAUACCAUUUUUAUGUCCCAGUAUGAAGGAAGUUGGAGGUAGUUUUGCGAGCCAAUGCUAACUAGCGUUAGUAC